UUACCGGGACCGGUCCUCCAGAGACAUGACGGGAGUUUCGCACUCCAUCUUGUUAAUGCCAAAAUAAAUAACAAGCGCACGGCAGCGACUCUGAAGGAUAAACGGAGGCCAAAACAAAAAGAGACGCCUGGAUUAUAUUUCAGCGAGCUGCUUCCAAACCGGCGCACAGAUGAGCAACAGCAGAUGACGUUGAUGAGGUCCAGCCGCCUGAUGAAAGAGGAGUGAAAGCUUCGCCCUCCUCUUGUUGCACUCGUCUGAAGAGGCGUCCCUCCGGCCCGCCUCACUUUGUCACCGUUUCCUCUCGAAGUUGGUCCCCGAAAGUGUUUCAAAACUGUUUCUCCAACGCUUCUUCCAGAAACUUGGACUGUUUUCCGCAGCAGAAGCAGCACAGCCCUCCCAGACUGAGGUGAUGGGAAGCGUGCGAGCCAGCCGCUACAGCAUUGUGUCAUCAGAGGAGGACGGCAUGAAGCUUGCCACUAUGGCAGUACCCAACGGCUACGGCAACGGCAAGGGCAAAGUGCACACAAGGCACCAGCCGCAGAGCAGAUUCGUAAAGAAGGACGGUCACUGCAACGUGCAGUUUGUCAACGUGAGCGAGAAGGGUCAGCGGUACCUGGCCGACAUCUUCACGACGUGCGUGGACAUCCGCUGGAGGUGGAUGUUCAUCAUCUUCUGCCUCGCCUUCCUGCUGUCCUGGCUGUUCUUCGGCUGCGUCUUCUGGCUGGUGGCCAUCUUUCACGGGGAUUUAGAGAACGACGCCCCGAAGUGCGUCUCCAACGUCAGCAGCUUCACCGCUGCCUUCCUCUUCUCCAUUGAGACUCAAACUACCAUCGGUUACGGCUACAGAUACGUGACAGACGAGUGCCCCGUCGCCGUCUUCAUGGUGGUUUUCCAAAGCAUCGUCGGCUGCAUCAUCGAUGCCUUCAUCAUUGGUGCUGUCAUGGCGAAAAUGGCGAAGCCCAAGAAGAGGAAUGAAACUCUGGUUUUCAGCCACAACGCCACAGUGGCCAUGAGGGACAACAAGCUCUGCCUGAUGUGGCGCGUUGGUAAUUUAAGGAAGAGCCACCUGGUGGAGGCGCACGUACGAGCUCAGCUUCUGAAAUCCAGAACGACGGCGGAGGGGGAGUACAUUCCCCUCGACCAGAUGGACAUCGACGUGGGCUUCGACAGCGGAGUCGACCGCAUCUUCCUCGUCUCCCCGAUCACCAUUGUCCACGAGAUCGACGAGGACAGUCCUUUCUAUGACAUGAGCAAACAGGACCUGGAGAGCUCAGAGUUUGAAAUCGUGGUCAUCCUGGAGGGCAUGGUGGAGGCGACGGCGAUGACCACGCAGUGCCGCAGCUCCUACGUCGCCAGCGAGAUCCUCUGGGGCCACCGGUUCGAGCCCGUGCUCUUUGAGGAGAAGAACUACUACAAGGUGGACUACUCCCGCUUCCAUAAGACAUACGAGGUUCCCAGCACUCCUCUGUGCAGCGCCAGAGACCUCGCAGAGAAAAAAUACAUCCUCUCCAACUCCAACUCCUUCUGCUACGAAAACGAGAUGGCACUGGAGAACAAAGAGGACACGGACGAGGGGAACGGGGGCAGCGUUGGGCCCGACGGCACCCAGACGGACAACAUCUCGGAGACGGAGCACAGCCAGGCCACGGUGCCGCUGGAGCCUCGGCCGCUGAGACGAGAGUCAGAAAUAUGACUGUUGAGACCUCAGACCUCACGUUGAGAGAUUUUCUAAGAAUCACCUCUCUGCUCUGAGAGGCUCAGCGAGCCGAGCUGGGCCUCGGGCAGAGGACAAGCCGAACGGUACUGCUGUGGGAAGCGGCGAGGUUUAAGACUUUGUAUGUACGAGUCUGCUUGAACUUUGACUACAUACAAUAUGACAAAACACAGCACUAUGAACCACGUGCAUAUUUGCAGAAAGAAUUCUCCUUGAAGUCCCCAUGAAUGUGUGCUCAGUGUCUGACGACUGCAAAGAGGAAGGAGGUUGUUGUUGAGAUUUGACUUGAAAACUGCAGGCAUGUCUCAGUUUCUCUGUCCAGCCGGAACAAGAUGCUUUUGUAGUGCUGCUAGAAAACAGUGGAAAAAGCCUUAAAGAUGCUUCAUUUUUCACAUAGAACCAAAGAGUAAAAGAACGCAGGUGUCUGGAACAAAGAAGGUACAAGUAGAGUAUUUGUUCAUGAGCUGGUCUCACUGCAGACAUCGCUGACUGACACUUCUGUAUGCAAUAACCGAUAGAGAAACUUUACUUUGCCUCGACAGCACUGAUUCUCUGAGCUUUAUCCUCUAAUUGAUCUAAAAGACUGUUCAGAGCUGGUCAGACUGAUAGAAACAUGCCUGCUCAGGUCGAGAGGUCGGAGCAGGGUAGUAUUAACGACAUCAAACUGACAGAAAUCACUAAUUUAAACCGAGACCGGGGUGAUAUGAGAAUCUGAGCGCCUGAUUUGGACGUUAUCAGCCCGUUAAACUCGUGUUAUCGUCACUCCUUUACCUAUGGGACGUCCUCCAUUUUCCAGUGGGCUCAGUAGAACUGCAAUGACUAAUUGUCAACUAAUCCAACUAUUUUGAUAAUUGACAGUUAAUUUGAGACA